AUGGAAAAGUGCAAGCGAAUCCAAAUCCGGUUGCCGGAAGCCAUAAUUCAGCAGAUACAGUCUUUCUUGAGUGAAGAAGAAGCUGCUCGAACUACUCUAAUCUCCAAAUCAUGGUACAACGCCUGGCAAACUCGCCCCGUGCUCGUGCUCAGAAAUCUCGAUUGGAGAUCAUCGGCGGCCGAGUUCUCGGAAUUUGCAGUGAAGACCAUGCGAAGAUUGAUCGUGGAUGCCAUGAAAUUGGGAGCUACUGAUCUCAAUCUCGAAUUCAAACCCACCACAUUCGUUCUGCCGGCGGAGGUGCUCGGAUCUGAAUCCCUCCUCCGAUUAUCUGUAUUUGGGUGUGAAAUUGAUGGAAACUUCAAGUGCUCGAUGCUCAAAUCACUCAGCUUAGACCUUGUGCUUUUGAAAAGCGAUGAUAUGCUUGGAAUUAUAACUUCAUGCUGCAAAUCCAUCGAGGAGCUGUCGCUUUCAAAUUCAAAGGCGUCGCUUUCAAAUCCUAGAAGGACAUUGAGUAGUAUGAAUCUGCACGAACUUCAUAAGCUUAAGCGGUUGUAUCUUGAGGAGUUGAAUGUUGAUUACUGCUUCUUCUACGACUUAUUGGAAUCUCGGUUCCCUUGCUUGGAUGAUAUGAGCCUUGUUGGCUGCUUCUUCUGGCUGAAUGGGAUGAAGCCAUGA